UAGAGAAUAGAACGGUGUAAACUGCAACAGCUGAAACUAGUCUUAAUGUCUGUUGUCCGUUGACACUGGUUAGCAUUUUGAGGGUGUUUUCGAUUCUUUAACUGCACAUUUUUUGAAACUACUCACUUCUAUUUUAAGAAAAUGUGGUCCUCGUGAAUUUUCUCUAACUUAUUUCAUCCAUUGGUGGAUUUCUCUGCAAUUAAAAGCGCAUUGUUCUGUAUAAGUUACUCGUUAAGUUUGAGGAAGGAUUGGACGAUGGCAUCAUUUAGAAUUCACGAGGAUCAAGAAAAUACUGCAUUAGGAUUGAGAAAAGAUGCAGAAAUAUUCUCUGCCGCUUCACAACGUCGUGCUCUUGGCGAUCUUAGUCAAUUCGCUUGCAACCAAAAUCGAAACAUAAAAAACACCCUGACGAAUGGACCUUGCAAAGUUCAAGAUGAGAAUAGAACAGUGCGCCAGAUUAAAAAUGAAAAAAACAUUGUACCCCCUGUGGCUCAAUUUCGCGCCUUCAGUGUCUACGAAGAUAAACCGAAAGAAGUUGAAGUUAAAAAGCGCGAGCCCUUCAAACCUUUUGUAGCCAAGGAGAUCAAAAAAGAUAAUUUCUUUUUAAAUGCUGCAGAGAACGUCAAAGCACUUUGUGCUCAAGUGGAAAAGCAAAAGCAGGCAGAAAAAGUUAAAGAGGUUGUUACCGUCCAACCUCCAAAAGAAUCAAAGAAAGAUGUCUAUGAAUCUCCAAUGUCGAUUGUUGACUCGAGCAUCCUGUCUAUGUCCAUUUCACGCAAUGAAAGUCAGAUCAUUGAUGAAGAAGAUGCGAAUACAACGAAGGCACAGACAGAUCGUGAGAUGUUUUUCCAUGUCGCUGAGUAUAGGCAGGAUAUAUAUGAUUACAUGAGAGAAAUCGAGAUAAAGAACCGUGCUAACCCUCGUUACAUGCGCAAACAGCCAGACAUAACACACAGCAUGCGUUCGAUCUUAGUAGAUUGGUUGGUUGAAGUCUGUGAUGAGUAUAACCAGCAAAGCGAGACCCUUCACCUGGCCGUGUCUUAUGUAGAUAGAUUCCUGUCUUAUAUGAGUGUGGUACGAACUAAGCUGCAACUCGUUGGCACAGCGGCUACUUAUAUAGCAGCGAAAUAUGAAGAGGUGUAUCCACCGGAAGUGUCUGAAUUUGUCUACAUAACAGAUGAUACAUACACCAAACGUGAAGUGUUAAGAAUGGAACACUUGAUACUGAAAGUUCUCUCCUUUGAUCUCUCCACACCAACAUCGCUGGCAUUCCUGUCACACUACUGCAUCUCAAAUAGUAUAUCAAAGAAAAUCUUCAAUUUGGCAUCCUACAUUUCGGAGUUAUCACUUCUGGAGGCAGAGCCCUACUUGCAAUAUCGAGCGUCUUUGAUAGCUGCAGCUUCAUUAGCCACGGCACGUCACGCGCUGAUGUGUGAUCACCCACAUCACCACAGCCUCGAUGACCCGCAUUGCGCGGAGGUCACCUGGCCGGCGAGUCUCUCUCGUACGGCGGGUUAUUCUCUAACCGAGCUCCAGCCGGCCAUGAAGGAGCUGGGACGCACACACGCCCACGCUCCCCACCAACCCUACCGGGCUAUACCAGAUAAAUACGGGAACAAUAAAUACGACAACGUUUCCUCUAUCGAAGCAAAACCACUUUUCCCCGUCUCCGAAUACACGGCCCCGGCCGCCCGGCCCUCGGACAGACCGCGAGCAGAUACACGUGCAUGAUACUAGUAUUAACCCAUGUAUGUCCACUGAAAAUGUUUUAAUACCUUUUUGAAACUACCACAGACGUCUACAGAAAUUUGAAGAUCAACACUAGAAGCAAGUGUUUGAAUUGUCAAAUAUGGAAAGUUUUCAAAUUUUUUUUUUCUUUCAUUAAAUCUUUGUCUUUAAUCGUAAGAAUAUACGUGUCAUGUUGGUCAAUGUCACGCAUAUUUGGCAACGAAGGCUAUAAAAUAAAUUUGAAUUGUAUUAAAUCUAAGAUAUUGAAAAAAAAAAGGGAAUAAGUCUAAUAGUUUUUAUAACGUCGAUUCAAAUAACGGUUAAGGUUUUAUAUAGAUUCUGCAAAAUUCGAUGUCCGGCGAUAAAAUAUUUGUUAUCUGUGUUUUAAUGAAAGAAUUCAUUACAUGUAGUACGUGUGUGUCGUAAUUUAAAACAGCCAUAAUUACGGCACAGUUAUAUAAAAGUUUACGAGAAAAAAUCUUUAAGACUGGAUACAUAUUCUAAUCAUAUCUCAAGUUAUUAUUUGGUUGCAACAAAAUUUUUGAUAUGCUUCCAUAACUGAUGUUAAAAUAGUGGUGUGUCAUUUGUGGUUAUAUACUUGAAGAUAAAUUCCGAAUCUCGUAGAAAUUUUGCAUUUACUAGUAUUCCAUUUACGAGUUUGGUUUUAAGUUUCAAGGGCAUUAAAUAAGGGUUGCAUUUUAUACAACGAUAUACUAAAUAAGAGUUAGUUUUUACUGAACUUGUAUUAAGACGUGGGACCAUUAUAUAGUUAGAUUUAAAAUUAACAAUCUCAGAUUUGAAAAAAAAAAUCCUUAGUGCCAAUCUGUAUGUAAUGCCUCGUGUGUUGCUCUAACGACCAUCAAAUGUCAGUGUCAUAAAGCUAACGGCGAUAAUUCAGUUUUGUAUUUAUUAAAAGCAUUUCUCAAGGUCAUUUAUUUUUAAAACUAACGUAUUUUUUCUGCCGCCUGUGUUCAAGUCAACUAAGAUAUCGUCUUCCGCUUUUCACACUGAUCGAAGACUGCGAACCUUUAUAUCGCUGCUGUAGAAUUAAGUAGAUUGUGAUUUUAGUAUGGACCAAUGUUCUUGGAAUUGUAAUUGAAUAUAGUUUUAAAGUAUUUUAAUUUCUUUUUUCUUAAUUGAACGACACUGCACCCAGCGUUAUUAUGUGUGUGGACUUUUCAACUUAGAUGAUAAUAUAAUACCAAUUCUUAGCACUUAUUUUCUUCGUGUUUGUUAGUAAAUUAUUAUUUUUGAUAUAUAAGGUACGUUUUUAAUGUUGAUAAGUAGUUUUUAAUGUAAUUUAAUAUAAUGAAAUACUUAUUUUACUCCCGACUUUUCUAGUGGAGGUAAGUACCUUUAUUGGUAAUAUAUAGUAUUAAAAUGAA